AUGAAUAUCAAAGAACUUCGAGAAGGUGCUGGAUACAGCAACGUGCUUAUUUUUACCUAUAACGAAUUGAGGCUUGCGACGAAGCAGUUUCGGCCUGAUUUUAUACUUGGAGAAGGUGGAUUUGGUGUUGUGUAUAAAGGUGUUAUUGAUGAUAGUGUAAGAGCGGGUUAUAAAUCCACUGAAGUCGCUAUUAAGGAACUUAAUCGCGAAGGGUUUCAAGGCGAUAGGGAAUGGCUUGCUACAAGACAUGCCGAAAUGGAAGCUAUAGACCUGCUUCUAGAACAGAGGCAGAAAAACAGACUUUCGAUGACUGAAGUUGCUAAAAAAUUCUCAAACUGCAGUCUUUAUGUUACUUGUGAACCGUGCAGAAUGUGUGCACCUGCUUUAUCAAAUUUAGGUAUAAAGGAAGUGUUUUAUGGCUGUUCAAAUGAUAAAUUUGGAGGUUGUGGAUCAAUACUAUCAUUGCAUUUAAGUGAUGCCGUGUCACCUAAUAAAAGGGGUUUCAAAUGUGCUGGAGGUAUAAUGGCAAAAGAAGCUGUCCUUCUCUUUCGAACAUUCUACGAGCAAUUUUCUCCAAUUUUGUGA